UGUCACUUUCAAGAAUUUAUUCAACAAAGGCUGUUUUCGUCAUCGGCGCGUUCAAUUAUUUUUCUGGGUCGUAUCUUUCUAUAGUGGGAAAUGGAAGAAACGAAGAAUUGCGAGAUUUGAAUCGAUCAGCCAGCUACCUAACUUACACGAUAGUAGGCUUUGCAGCUCUCCAGGGAUGAUAGAGUACUUCGGCUACCAGCGAUAUCAACUACUCAAUGAUGCCAUUGGUCGCUGCCGGACAGAAACCGAACGCCUACGACUCUUCAUCAACCAUUGAAGGGUCUGUUGCUGCUCCCCAUGACGAAACGAUCCCAGCACAGACCAUAAGGUGGGAGCAUGGGGAUCCUGAGAAUCCCUACAACUGGUCUUUGACACGGAAGCUCGUCAUCACAACGAUUGGCAUUCUUGUGACCAUAAACAGCACACUCGGCUCGUCACUUCCCAGCAACGAGAUUUCUUUCAUUGCAGACACAUUCAAAAUCACAGACAAGAAUGUCAAGAUUCUCCCUAUGUCCAUCUAUCUCGUUGGAUAUGUUUUCGGUCCAAUCGUGUUUGCCCCACUAAGUGAGUUGUACGGCCGGCGCUGGAUCACCAUCAGUACAUUCUCGUUGUUUACAUUAUCUACAAUGGCAGCGGCACUAGCACCAAGCUGGAGUGCGCUCCUUAUUUUUCGCUUGCUGGCUGGUAUUGGUGCUUCUGCUCCUAUUUCAGUGGUUGGGGGAAUAUAUGCGGAUAUCUACGAGUCUCCUGUCGCAAGAGGGCGAUCAGUAGCGGUGUUCUUCACGACAAUCGGGUUCGGACCUCUGAUGUCCCCAAUCAUCGCAGGUUGUUCAGCGCCAAUACUUGGAUGGCGAUGGAGUUUCUGGAUAGCUCUCAUCAUUGCGGGCGUGAGUUUUGUAGGAUUGAUCUUUCUCCCCGAGACAUACGGCCCAACACUUCUUGCGCGUCGCGCAAAGAGCAUUCGAAAAUCCGGCACCAAUCCAUAUUUAUUUGGGCCUCUGGAGACGAAAAGUCGAGGCUGGCGAGACCUGCUUCAACCGAAAACUCUCCUUCCGCUGCGCAUGCUAUUCACUGAACCGAUCGUCACAGUCGUCUGCUUGUACCUCGCUAUACUCUACGGAAUAUUCUACAUGUAUUUUGGAGCCUAUCCAAUUAUUUUCGAGGGCAUCUACGAGAUGAGCCCUUGCCGAUCAGGUGCCAUGUUUCUCCCAAUGGGAGCGGGAGAUCUUGUGGCGAUCGGACUUGGUGCAUUGUACGACUGGUUCCUUGAGCGGUCCCAGGCUAGCAAACAGCCUUCAAUUCGACGCGAAGAGAUAUUUAGGCUCCCUCCAGCCUGUAUCGGAGGUCCUAUCACCCUGAUUUCGAUAUUCUGGUUGGGGUGGACAGCCAGGACGAGCGUUCCUUGGGCAGUGCCAUUUGCGUCUGGCUUUGUCUAUGGAGUUGGGACACAACUGAUCUUCAUCGGGCUUCUCAACUAUUUAGCAGAUGCGUACACGAUCUAUGCUGCAAGUGCGUUUGCAGCUUCGAGCUGUAGUCGAAGUAUCUUUGGUGCGCUGCUGCCACUGGUUGUCACGAAGAUGUAUGAUUCUCUCGGCGUGGCAUGGGCAACAUCGACACUAGGUUUUGCUGUUUUGGUCAUGUCCAUUAUGCCUUUCGUGUUGAUCAAAUACGGGCCGUAUCUUAGGGGUAGGAGUAGACUUUGUAGUGAGCUGAAGAAAGAGAGAGACGACAGAGAUGCUGAAAGUCCAGUUGGAUGAUAGAAUUGCAUAGACCGGCGGAGGCAUUGCAUUGCGAAGCAGGGAUUAUCUCUCGGCAAAUGUUGAGCGCAUUACUAUAUAGAAUCAUCGAGGGAAUAUAUGUUGGAAUCUGAACAACCCAACAAAAGAUAGUCGAUAGUCACAGAAAGUAAACAAUGAAGAAAAAGUUUAUGCUGUGGAGGAAUUGACCUUCGGCUAAGGCUCGCCUUUUUAUUUCCGACCGCCUCGGCUUUAUAACCGAUACCAACGCGGUG